CACGUGACAAACACGGAAGUGCCCCUGACACCUGACAGCCCGCAGUCAAAAGCCCACCGAGCUCCCUGCGUACAUGCCAUGCCUCCUCCAUGGCGCGGCUUGUGACUCCGGUGAUCUGGGCUCUGUCCUGGCUGGUUUUCGGGGUCCUGUCGUCUCCUCCUCCGGCGUGGGAGCAGCGGCUGGAGCGCAGUCUGAACGGCAAAUGGAGGCUGUCCAACUCCAACAGGUCGCUGCUUCUGCCCGCAGCGGUGCCUGGCUGCGUUCACUCCGCCCUGCAGCAGCAGGGAUACAUCCAGGACCCAUAUUUCAGGUUUAACGAUCUGUUGUAUCAGUGGAUCGCCCUGGACAACUGGACAUACAGCACCACGUUCACCGUUCCUCCCCAGAUGAGGGUCAAACAGAAGGCGCUCCUCAUCUUCCACGGCGUGGACACUGUUGCGUCCAUCUCGCUCAACAGCGUCGCCCUGGGGACGACGGAUGACAUGUUUCGCAGAUAUGACUUCCCGGUCAGAGAUCUGCUGAGAGACGGCGAUAACGUGCUGGAGGUCGGCUUCGUCUCGCCGGUCCUCUACGCCUCGGAGCGGAGGAAAGCUCAUUCCUCCUACGCCGUCCCUCCUGAAUGUCCGCCCGACGUCCAGAAAGGGCAAUGUCACGUCAAUUUUAUUCGAAAGGAGCAGAGCUCUUUCAGCUGGGACUGGGGACCUUCCUUUCCCACUGUGGGCCUGUGGAAAGGAGUUCGGCUGGAGGCGUUUGACGUCCUGCAGCUUAUCCAGCUUUCCUCUCUUCCUCUGUACGAUCGCAGCGGCUCCCGCUGGAGGCUGCGGGUGGAGCUUCUCGUUGACGCGGUCCAGACGUUGGACAGCAAAGUCGAGCUCUCCGUCCCCGGGCUGGCCUCCAAACGCACGCUUCCCGUGCGCUUUCUCCAGGGAAGGUUACAGUACAACUUCACCGUAGACAUCAACCAGAGCAGAGAGGUGAAGCUGUGGUGGCCCAAUGGACAUGGGGAUCAGCCCUUUUAUCUUCUCGCUGUCAGGGGAUUUCUGGGGAAGUUUCUGAUCCUGAACAAAGAAUCCAAGGUGUUUUUCCGCACCGUGGAGCUUAUCCAGGACCCAGUUGUUGGAUCUCCGGGCUUGAGCUUUUACUUCCGCGUCAACGGCAGGCCCGUUUUUCUCAAAGGGUCCAACUGGAUCCCGGCUCACUCCUUCCAGGACCGAGUGACACCUGCUAGCUUGAGAAGCCUGCUGCAGUCUGCCGCCGACGCCAACAUGAACGCGCUCCGGGUCUGGGGGGGAGGAGUGUACGAACAGGACCUGUUCUACGACAUCUGCGACGAACUGGGCAUCAUGGUUUGGCAGGACUUUAUGUUCGCCUGUGCCAUGUACCCCACUGAUGAUGACUUCAUACAGACGGUGAGGGAGGAGGUCACCCAGCAGGUCCGCCGCCUGAAGUCGCACCCUUCCAUAAUCGUUUGGAGUGGGAACAAUGAAAAUGAAGCUGCCCUGGCAACAAACUGGUUCAGCAUCCCAGCUUCCCUGAAGCCUGUAUACAUAAAAGACUAUGUGACUCUUUAUGUGAACAACAUAAGGCGGAUUGUGCAGGAGGAGGACCCGAGUCGGCCGUUUCUCGUCUCCAGUCCGACCAACGGAGCCGAAUCCGAGCAGGAGGGCUGGGUGGCGGCAAACCCGUACGACCCUCGCUACGGAGACGUUCACUUCUACAGCUACGUCCACGACUGCUGGGACUGGAGAUCUUUCCCCCGGACACGUUUCGCCUCGGAAUACGGCUUCCAGUCCUGGCCGUCCUUCUCCACUUUGCAGCCGGUUUCUGUCCAAGAGGACUGGAGCUACGGCAGUGAUUUCACAUCCCAUCGCCAGCAUCACCAAGAGGGGAACCAGCAGAUGUUGCAGCAGGCCGCGCUCCACUUCAUCUUGCCCAACUCCACCGAUCCACUGAAGAGAUUCACAGAUUCUCUGUACAUCACGCAGGUCAUGCAGGCCGAGUGCGUGAAGACUCAGACAGAGUUUUAUCGGAGAAGUCGCAGCGAAAUCGUCGAGGGCAAAGGUCACACCAUGGGCGCUCUCUACUGGCAGCUCAACGAUAUCUGGCAGGCGCCUUCAUGGUCAUCAAUCGAGUUUGGUGGGAAGUGGAAAAUGUUGCAUUAUUUUGCUCAGCACUUCUUUGCCACCGUCCUUCCUGUUGGCUUUGAAGACGACGACACGCUAUUCAUCUACGCCGUCUCCGAUCUGAGCCGUGACCUGAAGCUCAGGGCUGUGGUCACCGUGUACGCCUGGUCAGACCUGGAUUCUGUUUGCACGUUGACGUCAAACCUGCUGCAGGUGCCCGGAGGCAGUGCUGUGGCCAUUUUCAGGCAGUCUGUCGCCGCCCUGCUGGCAGGAUGCGGCCGCUGCACCCGCCUCACCUGCCUGCUCACCUUCCACCUACAAAAUGAAGACGGCAUCCAGCAGGGUCCUACCAACCGCCACUUCCUCUGCAAACCCAAAGACGCUCAGGGGCUCCAGAGACCCAACAUUACUGCAAAGGUCCGAGAGGAUGAGUCGGGCUUCGCGGUUGCCCUUCACUCCGCCGCCGUGGCUCCCUUCGUCUGGCUCGACGUUGGAAACGUCCCGGGUCGCUUUAGCUCCAAUGGCUUCCUGAUGGUCACAAGAAACACAACCAUCAGCUUCGAAGCCUGGCGUCCCACCAGUGCAGCAGAACUAUCCAGAUCCCUCACAGUCACAACUUUAAUGGACUUGUACUGAUCGGAGACUGGACUGUAGUUCUGUUUUGGGCUUCGUUCCCAGCUGUUCAUUAAAAAUGUUCUACUCUUAAGGGACUCUCGAAUGUGUGACAGAAGCUGUCGAUACAUCCAUCUUAUUUUUGUUUCCUUAAACUUGUGAAACAAUAAAUGUAGGAUUACGUGCCAUAAUGUGUUGGCUGCUAUCACAACAGGGCGAGGCCCCGCAUGAGGUCGGUACCAGAGCAUCUCAGGGACUUUUAGUGUACGUGGAGAUUUCAUACUCCCUUGUCAGUAGUGCAUUGAUGUAGAAUUAAAUUUUUUUUGCAUUGUUUUGCACAUAUUAGAUCAUAUUACAAAGAUGGACGCUUCCUAUCCUAUCAGAAAUGUUUUGUACCACAGACUAAUGCUUGGAUUUGAAGAGCUUUAAGCCAUUGAGUUACUUUUUCACAAUGUUUUCACAAUAAAAAUCUGUCCAUCCAUC